CCAAUAAGGAAGAAGGGCAUAGCUCUACACCGUGGACGUGCGCCGCACGAGAUUAAAUCGAUAUUGAAGGGAAGCUCCCGUACGUCCUCCCUUCAAAUGCCCAAAAAGAUGAAAGCCUGAAAGCAGUGAGAGGGGAAGAAGCUCUGGAAGUAGCAAUUCGCGAUAUGAUGACGACGCACGCCUCUGAAGACCAAGCACAGUCACACUGAAUAAUUUCCCCCUUCAGGAGAGGAGCGUCUGGAUGGAGGAGAAACACCGCGAAGCCGCCGUUCAACCGUCGUCCAACGUCGAUUCGCCGGCAUCUGAGUCGGCUUCCUCCCGCCGCCGCUCCGGAGGGUUAAAAAGAAAGGGUAACACUCUCGGCGCCUCGAAUUCCACGCCUGCGCCCUCGAAACGUGUUACUCGCGAGAAGGCUCUGCCUGCUCAUCCUUCUCCCGUACACAAUGGCCCCCUGACCAGGGCUCGUCAAAUCCCAAGCAACCACGCCACUACUGCCGCUUCAGCCUUGCUAGCUGGCGGCGGCGGCUUGGCUGCUGACUAUUCGAGACACUCAGAGCGCGCGGUGACGUCUGAAGCUCUGGGUAGAGAAUCGGCGGCGUUUGCGGAGGAUAUUAAGAAGGAGAGCGAGUGGGAGGCUCUGGAAGCUGCGAUUGAAACUGAAUUCGAAGCUGUCAGAUCUCGUGGUGCCAAUGCUCAUGUAGUUCCGAGUCAUUGUGGUUGGUUUUUGUGGACGGAUAUCCAUCCAAUUGAGAAGAAUGCAUUGCCUUCUUUCUUUAAUGGGAAAACUGAACAUCGAACUCCUGAUAUUUAUAUGGAGAUACGGAAUUGGAUUAUGAAGAAGUUCCAUGCAAAACCAAAUGCUCAGAUUGAGCUGAAAGACUUGUCUGAACUUGAUGUUGGAGGUUUGGAUGCUAGGCAAGAGGUAAUGGAGUUUCUGGACCAUUGGGGUUUAAUUAAUUUCCACCCUUUUCCAUCUAUGGACAAUGCUUUGGUCAGCACUGAUGAUGAUGGGGCAACAGAAAAGCAGUCCUUGGUUGAAAAAUUGUAUCACUUCGAAACUGUGCAAUUGUGUCCACAUGUUAUUCCAAAGACUAACCUAAUGACUCAAGAUAUGCCAUCUGGCUUGUUUCCAGAAUCAACAUUUGUUGAAGAGUUGGUGAAACAGGAGGGCCCAGCUGUUGAGUACCACUGCAACUCCUGUUCAGCUGAUUGUUCGCGCAAACGCUACCAUUGUCAGAAGCAGGCAGAUUUUGAUCUAUGUUCUGAUUGCUUUAGCAAUGGAAAGUUUGGCUCUGGUAUGUCUUCAACGGAUUUUAUACUUAUGGAACCAGCUGAAGUUCAAGGGGUUAGUGGUGGAAAGUGGACUGAUCAGGAGACCCUCUUGCUUCUUGAAGCAUUAGAACUUUAUAAAGAAAAUUGGAAUGAAAUUGCUGAGCACGUUGCAACGAAAACAAAAGCUCAGUGUAUAUUACACUUUGUUCAAAUGCCAAUUGAAGAAGCUUUUGUUGACAGUGAUGUUGUUGAUGCCAAUUGCAAAGAAACUGCUGAUCCAGCUGCAACUAAAAAUGAUUCGUCUACUGUCAAAGAUGCAUCAGAAACUCUUGAACAUAAGACCAGUAAUAGUGAUGGACAAGUGCUGACCCCGUGUGAUCAAACUUCAAAGGGUGAAGAUGCUAAUAAAGUAAAAUCCGGUCAAGAGACUCUAAUGCCAGAAAAUGGCAGCAAUGAGAAAAUUAGUGAAGGAACUUGCAGACUAGAAAAUGCUGCUGAAGUGAAACUGGGACAAGAAGCAGGUGACAAUUUUGUUCUAAAAGCUCUUGGGGAAGCAUUUGAAGCUAUUGGUUAUUCUUCUGGACCUGAAGGCCCGUCUUCAUUUGCUGAGGUGGGCAAUCCUGUCAUGGCAUUGGGAGGUUUCCUUGCACGCUUGGUGGGUUCUGAUAUGGCUGUUGCUUCAGCUCAUAGCUCCUUAAAAUCCAUAUCUUCUAAUUCUCCCAGCAUUGAGCUUGCAGCAAGACAUUGCUUUCUUCUGGAAGAUCCACCUGAUGAAAAGAAGGGACCCUCUAGUUUUGAGAGGGAUUCUAUAAUGGAUGUGGACCAGGAUGAAGGUGAAAAACAGGAUCAGUCUUUAUUAACUGCUAAAGACGUAUCAAAUGAUCCAAGGAUAAUUGCAAAUGAUGCUUUAGAAGACAAGAGACAGUUGACCUCUACUGAUGGUGGAGCCUCAGAGGAACCUGUUGCUUUAAAGGAACAAGUAUUAGCUAAUCAUGAGGAAAUUGUGCUUGAUAAUUGUAAAAAUCCAGCCAAUUCAAAGUUAUUCAGUGAUUGUACUGUCCAGUAUUCAGAUGGUUCAACAUCCAACGCUGAAGGAACUUCUAUUAAAGAGCUUUGUCAGCCUGCAGAGAAAAUGAAGGGUGAAUGUGUGGUGUCUGAUUGUCUUCGCUCUGAAAAGAAUGAACUUGAGCAGUCCAUUAUGUCUAGUAAAGCAGGAGAAAAGCCCAAGUCUGAGCAGGCACCAACAGGCAUGGAGGCGUUGUCUGAUUCUUUGCCCUUAGAUAAAAGUAAACCUCAAAAACCUCUAUCUAGAAAUCCAGUUGGUGACUGUAUGGAAACAACAGAACUACUAACGAAUGUUGAUGUGGUUUCUAAUUCCUUGCCAUCAGAGAACGAAUCUGAGCCGCAGGUUACACUAGAUUUGUAUCAACAUACAGGGACAGCAAAGGAUGUUGAUAUGACAUCUUUGGAUCAGAAUGAACAUUCUCAUCCAGUCACAUCAAGGUCUGGUGCUGAAAAUGGGAAAAGCACAGCAGGUGAAGACCACACAGAAAAUGGUAGGAAAAUGGUAGAUAAUAACAUAAAUACCAAACAAGAAAACAAAUUUGAAAAAUUAAAGCGUGCUGCGAUUUCUACCCUUGCUGCAGCAGCGGUUAAGGCAAAACUUCUAGCAAAUCAAGAAGAAGAUCAAAUUCGACAACUUGCUACAUUGUUGAUAGAAAAGCAGGUGCAUAAGUUGGAGACAAAGUUAGCCUUUUUCAAUGAUAUGGAUAACGUGGUGAUGAGGGUCAGAGAACACUUGGAUCGUUCACGUCAGAAGCUUUACCAUGAGAGAGCAAUGAUAAUUGCAUCUCGCCUCGGUAUACCACCUUCAUCUAGAGGUGUACCCCCUUCCUUACCAACCAAUCGAAUUCCUAUGAAUUUUGUAAAUUCAGCACCUAGACCACCAAUUAAUAUGAAUCCCCAGAGGCUACCAAUUUCUAGAUCCAUGGGCAAUGUGGCAACCACCCUUUCAAAUUCAUUAUCAUCACCUGCAACGGGAAAUUCAGUUCUGCCAUCCAGCCAGGAGAACCUUUCUUCUGUUGAGACAAAAUAAAUGUCACGUGCAUCUUGAGAAUGUUCAAAUAUUCUUACCUACUGAUAGUCUGCUACUUUUCUGAUAAUCCAAUUCUUUAAAGGCCAAGCGUUGGUUAGGAGUCGGGAGACCCACUCCAAAACCAGUUACUGACAGUUCCAUGACCAGAGUCAUGGAUUGUAAGAUCAUCUUUACCUCGUUACAAGGAGCAGCAAGAGGUGGCGAUUAGGAAAUAGAUCUGAUGACAUAUUGAAUUUGUAGGGCUAUUGGCUUAUAUUAAUGUUUUGACGUGCUUAGCUCGAGCAAGUGGAUAGACAUGCUGGGAAGGGCUGCUUUCUCCCAUCUCACUUCGCUUAACUCUUGGGAAGGUGCAUUUUGAAAUUCAGAUGGUUUUAAGGAUGUACAUGUCUUGCUUGUUCCAAUAUUAGAACUUUCCACACUAGAUAAGCGUGCUGUGCCUUUUUGCUUUGUGUUUUCUUCUCUCCAUUGUUUGGGGUUGGUCCCAACUCUAAUAUUCAACAGGCUUUUCUACAAAUUUAGCUGAGCUUUGGAAGGGUUUACCUAGUUUCAAUGUAUCGGUUGCCUUUUUGGUCAUGUAUAACUUGUAAGCAGUAUGAGGGAUUACUUGCACUUUAACAGGAUGCAAGUGCAGUUUUAAUUCUAGGUAGGGCUCGCGAGUGAUUUGGUGGAGAUGCUUGCAUUGGGAUCAUUCCUGUUCUAUUUGUUAAAGAGUACAAUUGUUUUGCUUGUCGAAGCUUAUGUUCUA